AACGAAUGAAUAAUGAAAAUCAGUCAAAGGCAUGGCGUGUGUGGGGAGUCUCAUGCUAAGGCCAAGCCAGUGUUUAGUGUAUACUACUACUGCUACUACUUGUAAAACCAAACAUUCUUCUUCGUUAUUACCCUUUACUCAUCCAAGAAACAGCAGCAGCAGGAGGAUAGUGUCAGUGAGAGCGGAGAGCAGCACCAGCAUGGCUACCGAGUCUGAGAAACUUGGAAUCAAGAUCGAGAGGAACCCUCCCGAUUCCAAGCUCACCCAACUUGGUGUCAGAAAUUGGCCCAAGUGGGGCUGUCCUCCAAGCAAAUUCCCAUGGACAUACGAUACAAAAGAGAUCUGCUAUCUACUUGAAGGAAAAGUGAAAGUUACUCCUGAUGGGUCUUCUAAGUCAGUCGAGAUAGGUGCCGGCGACUUGGUCGAAUUCCCAAAAGGAAUGAGCUGCACUUGGGAUGUGUCAGUAGGUGUUGAUAAGCAUUACAAUAUGGGCUAGCGAUAUUCCGAAGCCUUUUUUUUUUCUUCUUCAUAUUCCAGUAUAUUUAUGAAUCAAGUAAACCUAAAUGUCCUGUCUUAAUGCGAGCAUUAUAAUAUGGCCAGUGAUGUGCCGAAGCCUUUUGCCUCA